AUGGGCCCUCUGGCCCGCUGCACUAUCGGUGCUGCAGGCACCGGCCUGAAGCGUGGCAGGUCCAAGGAGAUGGAACAUGGAAGUGGCCCCCAGCUUCUCCUCUGCUUUGCUCUCCUCUAUGUUCUCUGCACUCAAGCACUCGCUUUACCUCCUCUGGGAACUAUGAGAUUAGGAAACAGAAUGCCAUUUGAUGGGGCAAGUGAAUCUGAUCAUUCUCAAGGUUCAUUAAAAUCUGAGGCUGACAUUUUGCAAACUACACUACCUGAGAAUGACAAGUUCUAUUAUGAUGUAUACAGAGCUAAGCAGAUGGCUGUGAAGAAAUAUUUGAACUCUGUUUUAACUGGGAAAAGAAGUCAGGAAGAGCUAAACCCAGCCAGCCUUCGGGAUGAAACGGAAUUGCUUGACCCUGCCUUCUCCGAAAACUAUGAUGAUGAUGUCACUGUAGAUGACCUUGAGCUUCUGAAUCACCACCCAUUGCUCCUAUUUGGGCAGCUAAAUGACAUUAUUGGCCAUGCCAUGAAGAUGAUUUGA